AUGACCAAGUAUACAUGUAAAAAUCUGUUGAAAAAAAGAAAUAUCCCUCUCACUCUCUAUCCCUCCCCGUCCACUCUUCUUCCUGGAUCCUCUUCUUCCUGCACGCCUCCGGCGCUAUCCUCGCCCAAUCCCCAAUCAGCUCGGCCGUCCUACGCCACCGCCUCCGCACCACCACGGCUGAGCCCGCCCGCCCACCCGCCCACCCGCCCACCCGCCCGGCCGUCCUCCUCUUCCUCCCUUUCCCUCAACCCCGCCGAGGCGCCGACCCAAUCCUCGGGCCCCUCUCGCCUCGCGUGCGCGGCGCCUCCACGCCAGAACCAGCGCGGCCCCGCACGCCGGAGCCCGCGCGGCCGUCUCCCGCCUCGCGUGCGCGGCGCCCGCAUUCCGGAGCCCCCUGCGGCCAUCCUCCGCCUCGCCUAA